UUAGAAGCGGCUUUGGCCCGGGGAAACAUUGUGGGGCGGUUGUCGGGGCCAUGAAGAAGCUAGCUGCUGCCUUCCUGCUCUCCCUCCUCAAGGAGCUAUUCCUACCUCUGGCAUCUGCCCCAGUCGAGGAUUCGACGUCAACCUCUACCCCAGGCAGCCCUCUUUCUCCCUCUGAAUAUGAACGCUUCUUUGCGCUGCUGACUCCAACCUGGAAGGCAGAGACCACUUGCCGGCUCCGAGCAACCCACGGCUGCCGCAACCCCACGCUCGUCCAGCUGGACCAGUAUGAAAACCACGGCUUGGUGCCCGACGGCGCCGUCUGCUCGGACCUCCCUUAUGCCUCCUGGUUUGAGUCUUUCUGCCAGUUCGCCCAGUACAGGUGUGCCAACCACGUCUAUUAUGCCAAGAGGGUGCGAUGCUCCCAGCCGGUCUCCAUCCUCUCACCUAACAGUCUCAAGGAGAUAGAGUCGGCAGCGGAAGUGCCACCCACUACUGUGUCGUCCUCUCUCGCAUCCCACAUGACAGCCACGGAACGCCAGGUCUUCCAGCCCUGGCCCGAACGCCUCAACAACAACGUGGAGGAGCUGCUGCAGUCUUCCUUGUCACUGGGGGGCCAGGAACAAACGCCUGAUCGCAAGCAGGACCAGAACCAGGAGCAGCACAAGCAGGAGCAAAGCCAAGAGCAUAAAGAGGAAGGGCAGGAGGAAGAAGAGCAAGAGGAAGAACAAGAAGAGGAGGGGAAGCAAGAAGAGGGACAGGGCACCGAGGAGGGCCUGGACACCCUGUCCAGGUGGCACCGAAGCUUAGGCUCUGUUUUCCGGGCCCAGUCUAUAUCUUCUAACUUGCCCCCGCUCUCCCGUCGGGCGCGAGAAGCAGAAUCGUCUGAUACGAUGAUGGAGGACAUCCAGGCGUUCAUUCGGUCAGCCCAGGAAAUGGAUGACACGAAUGAAGGAUAUGACGAGGACUCCUCCUACAAUAGGAACCAGAACACUGGAAGCCUCCUACAGAUAUCCCACAGUGACGCAUUGCUGGUGCUGUGCUACUCGAUCAUGGAGAAUAAUUGCAUCAUAACCCCCACAGCCAAGGCCUGGAAGUACAUAGAAGAGCAGGUCCUUGGUUUUGGGAAGCCGGUCUGUGACAGCCUCGGCCGGCGGCACACGUCCACCUGUCCACUCUGCGACUUCUGCUCCCUGAAGCUGGAACAGUGCAACUCAGAAAGCAGCCUGCAACGGCAGCAGUGUGACAAUUCACACAAGACACCCUUCAUCAGCCCCUUGCUCGCAGCCCAGAGCGUGUCUGUGGGCACCCAGCCUGGGCCCAAGGAAGCAGGCCACUUUUACGGGCUCGAUGUGUAUGGCGGGCUACGCAUGGACUUCUGGUGCGCCCGGCUGGCCACCAAGGGCUGUGAGGACACCCGCGUCGCUGGUUGGCUCCAGACUGAGUUCCUUAGCUUCCAAGAUGGCGAUUUCCCCACCAAGGUGUGUGACACAGACUAUGUCCAGUAUCCCAACUACUGCUCCUUUAAAAGCCAGCAGUGUCUGAUGAGAAACCGGAACCGGAAGGUGUCCCGCAUGAGGUGCCUGCAAAACGAGACGUACAGCGUGCUGAGCCUGGGCAAGAGUGAGGACAUAGUGCUGCGCUGGAGCCAGGAGUUCAGCACCUUGACCCUGGGCCACAUAGGAUGAGCUGCCACGGACUCUGUGCCCACCCCAGCCUGACCUUACCACCUUCUCCGUAGCGUCAAGACCCCACUUCUCAGUUUGCUUUCAGGCUGCUUGUUAGGGUCAUUGCCCCUCCUAGUUGCAUUUUCUUUGGGUUGGGGCAGCAGUUCCCGGUUCCCAGAGAGCCCGUGAAGGGAGCUCUCUCCCUACUUCCUUCCCCUUUAAGAGGAUUAUAUUUCCAUAAAGCAUUUCUUU